CAAAAAGAUCGUUCAAGAACAAAAAAAAGGGUUUCGCCCCUCCCCUCCCAAAGUUGUGGUUGGAUAAAUGCGCGUUUCGAACUUCCGUCAUCAUCGCGUCGUUUUCGUUCGCCACACACACCCGAUUCUUACCAGCUGCCGUGUGAACUUUUUCAUUACACACUCUUCCUGCCUCAGCCCACGUAACCCGUUGGGAAAGUAUUUAAAGACUCAUCAAACACUACAAGAGGCCUGUCUUGCACCUGCAGGUAAAAACACUUUAGGAGAAAAGGAAAACUCGCAGAUAUCGGCAUACGUACAGAGGGUCAAGACAGAGACAGAGAGAGGGCAAAAGAAAAAAAAGGGCAGAUCAUGAUCCAUCUUUAACUUGGUGGCAUAUCUGCGGUCAACAGAAAAAAGAAAACCUACCAAAUGCUUCAUGUCUGGAAGCCGUUCGUGUAAAACUUUUUUGACCGAAGGACUGUUGAUAUUUGCCCGCCGACUACGCACGUCGUCUGUCGACGUUAACCAAUACACCUCUUUGACUGAUUUACGAUCCAAAUACCCUUCAUUGCACAUUUUCGAAUCCCGCGAGAAAACCUGCAGAGGUAUUCGCUUUGUAAACACCCUAUCACCGCCUUUGCAUUUGAACCGAUAUCCUGCUGUCUGCCGAAACUACGUAACUGCUAGUAGUACUCAUUUAUCUCGCUCGCCGCGACACUUUGAUCGGAGUACGCCUUCCGCACCUUCAACUCAGAGUACGAGGGGCGACAUGGCGGAUAUGAAUGCUGCUGCACGUCGGGGAUCGAGUGGUGCCCCCGUCGCUGGUUCGGGAUUGGUUUCGGAUUUGGUAUCGCUUGGAGUCGAGGGCAAGAUUUCGUCUGCUAGUAUAGGGGCCCGGAAAGGUAGCAUCAAGGAAAGUGUGGAUGAUGAGAGCUAUCGAUGGAAGGAGACGUUGGAAAGUGUGAUUGACUCUGUUGUUUCGAUCCGUUUUAUUGUCACGCGCAACUUUGAUACCUGGCAAGUAGGCUCAUAUACUGCGACCGGGUUCAUUGUGGAUGUCGAAAACGGGAUUAUUUUGACAAACAAGCAUGUUGUUACUGAUGCCCCAUUUGUGGGUAAAGUAUGCUUUAGGAAUUCAGAGGAAGUGGCAGCGUGGCCUGCAUGGAGAGAUCCUGUGCAUGACUUUGGAUUUUUACGAUUCGACAAGUCAAAAGUUAAAUUUAUGAAGCUGUCGGCCAUUCCUUUGGAACCGGAUGCGGCUCGUGUUGGUCUGUCCGUUCGUGUGCCCGGUUCCGAUGCAGGAGAAAAACUUGCGGUAUUGUCGGGAAUUAUCGCUCGGAUUGAUAGGCCGGCAGCAAACUACGGAACCGGCACUUAUUGCGAUUUUAAUACGUUUUACAUACAAGCAUCUGCAAACACAUCUGGAGGUUCAAGUGGAUCUCCUGUAGUCGAUAUCGAUGGACGAGCCGUUGCGUUAAACGCUGGGGGUUCAACACAUGCUGCAUCCAGUUUCUUCUUGCCCCUUCAUCGUGUGAAUAGGGCACUGAAUCUACUCCGACAGAACAAGCCUAUUCCUCGUGGUACUUUUCAAGUCGAGUUUGUCCAAAAGCAGUACGAUGAAGCCAGGCGUCUUGGAUUGCCAGUAGAAUUUGAGACAAAGUUCCGAGAGAAAUCACCAGAGCUAGGUGGUUUGCUUGCAGUCAAGAACACCAUACCAGGGGGCCCAGCCGAUGGCAUUUUAUACACUGGCGACUUGCUGAUCAAGAUUGGUGACAAACUUGUGAAUCAUUUUGUCGAAUUGGCAGCGGCGCUCGAUGACACAUCGGCAGUAUGGGACGAGAACGAUUAUAAACUGCCUGAGGAUAAGAGACCGUAUCUUACUCUCACAGUUUUCCGCGAUAAGCAGUUUAUUGAAGUGGAUGUUCCCGUUGACUCACUUCAUCGUAUUACUCCCGACCGAUAUGUCGAAGUGGGUGGAUCUAUUGUGCAUCCCCUCAGCUAUCAACUCGCAAGGUCCUAUCUUCAUGCAGUAGGCGGCGUAUUUGUGGCAGACGCAGGACAUAUGCUUGGCGUUGCGGGUGUCCCUGCGUAUAGCAUUAUCACAUCGGUAGCGCAUAAGCGUGUACCAAAUAUUGAGGCCUUUAUCGAGGUUAUGAAAGAUUUGUCGACUGGCAAGCGCGUUCCGAUUCGAUACUAUUCCCUUGCCAAAAAGAAUGUGGAGAUUGUCAAAAUUGCGGUUGUGGAGAACAAAUGGGGAAGAUUUAGAAUGGCAGUUCGAGAUGAUCCGGCUGGAAUUUGGGCUUAUACUGAGCUCCCAACCACAAGCAAGCCCCUGCUCCCCGCACCACGCACAGCAUCCUACGUUCACAUCAACGCAGCGAAAAACAAGCACAGUAGAAUUGCCAAUACCGUCAUGCCGUCCCUCUGUGUUGUGGAGACGCAUUCUCCCUUUGGCAUUGACGGCCACAAUUCGAAAUGGUCGGAUGGAGUUGGACUCGUGGUUGACCACAAAAUUGGGCUCGUGCUAGUUGAUAGGUCCACCGUCCCCACGUCACUAGGUCGGCUAUUUGUAACGUUUGCAAACAAUCUUGUUGCGCCGGCCAAGAUUGUUUGGAUGCAUCCUAUGCAUAAUAUCGUGUUUGUUCGCUACGAUAAGUCCUUCCUAUCGGCACAAGCAAGUGAGAGGAGGGCCAGUUUGCCCCAACCACCUUUGCCGGUCAAGUCUAUUGAAAUAUCGCCUUUACCGGCAAUGACAUCUGGCGACGAAAUCCACCUCGUUACGAUUAAUGUGAUCACGCACAUUCCAAGAGUACAGACCACGCACGUCAAGGCAAAGGGAUAUUUCAUGUUUGGCGAUACCUCACCUCCCAAGCCUCGUACAAUGAAUUGGGAUGAUGCCAUUACGUUGCAAAAACCCAUGUGCGAAGAAGCUGGUGUCCUCGUGGAUGAGAACGGGCGUGCCAGGGGAGCGUGGCUUGUAUCACCAGAAAGUAAUAGUUACUUGGGUGUGGGUCUCGAAGAUGGCAGUGAAGUUCGUCAGAUUCUGGAUGCGCUGCAGCAGCGUGAAGCGGCGCGGCGGUUUGAUCAGCCGCCGUCCGAAGGCUUACCACUACCUUUAUUGCGAUGCGUUGAUGUAGAGCUUACAGAGACUUACUUUUGGAAGGCACGAGAACUUGGACUCUCUGAGAGAUGGAUUCAUCGAAUCACAAUGGCACGGGCUGAGGAGCUCGGUAGUGACUUGCAGGAUACACCGGCAGAGUUGCAACAACUGGCCGAAACCGAAAUUGGCGGAGUUGUUGGUGGAGACAAGUAUACGGUUAUCACUGUUCGCCGUAUCCCUGCUAUCAGCGGCCGCGAAGACGAUGAAAGCAAGCCAAAGGAAGGAGAUUUGAUUCUGGCAGCAGACGGACGGCCAGUUACGUCCAUGCGCGGAGCGUUGAUGGAUAUUGUGGUACCGACCGCUGGGCAGGCUGUUGAACAGCCUUCUCCAGUCACUCUUACGAUUCUACGGGAGGGAGAAGAGAAACAACUGACCGUUCCUCGAAUUUUACUCUCCGGAGCUCCUACGGUGGAUGUUGUGCAGUGGGGAGGCGCCAUUUUCCAGAUGCCACAUCGGAGCCUUUUUUUCCACGUUAAAAGAAUUCCAAAGGGCGUAUAUAUUUCUCUGUUGUAUUCAGGAUCGCCAGCGCAGAGGGAUCAUCUAUCAGCUUGUUGGUUUGUGGUCGAAGUGGACGGCAAGAAGAUUUACAAUCUGGACGACUUUUUAGAGGCGGUGGAAGGCGAAGAUUGGCACAGCCGUGUACCUAUGGUUGAUCCCAUCAGUGAGGGCUGGCAACAGGAUGCAGUGGCCACUAUUGAACGUCAGCAAACUCCAACCGCGUCUGCCCUAACGAAAACAGAAACGCCUACAGGAGACGAGGGGGAGAUGUUGAUCAAAUCUACCGUGACGAGAAGUUUCCGUUUCCGGCUCGUGAGUUUGGAGCAAGUUCAUAAGGUGGUGACAAUUGAUAUGGAUCUGGCUAGUAAGAAUUAUUGGCCGACAUGGAGAUGCGUGGUCAAGGGAUGAAAAUGUCUCCGCAUUAAAGAGGAGUUUUUUUGGAAAUAUUUUGUGUUGAUGAGGACAAAUGGAAGGUAGGGCGGAUUUUUACCUACCCGCCUUUGAAUGAGAAUACCUGUACUGGUGUUUGAGGCUUCCGAUCGCCAGAGCCUUGUUCAUAAAUACCUUUGGAACUUGGCGGUCGCUCUUGCAUGCUGUUUGGAGCAUGUUCACGCGGAGCUCUGCAGUCAGUCAGUCUUUGACAGGGAAAACUGGAUGUGAUAUGUAAUCUCUACAUGAUAUCCGAAAAUAUCCAGUAGACCUGUGUAUUGAAGCGUGAGUCAGAUACAUUGAAAUACUUGCAUCUUCACC